ACAUUGCUGAAAAGGACUGUUUGGUAAUUUCACACAAGGACUGGGGACAGUUGGUCAAUCUUCACUCUUCCCUCACUUCUAGUUCAAGUCCCUUCCCUGCAAAGUGUGCUGCUGAUCUCUCCACAGAGAGAGAGAGAGAGAGAGAAGAGAGAGAGAGGCAACGAAUAAAGCAAAAGGGUACAAAAAACUUGAGAAGAAUAUGAAGACAACCAAACCCUUUUUUCAGUUCAACUGUUUCAGUGUGAUCUUCCUCAAUAUCUCUUGAAUACAUCAAUUCAUCAAAAUCUCGGCAUCUGGGCUUCAAAUUCUCGCCAUUCUCGCAUUGCCCACGUGAAUUUCUUGAAAAAUUAACGUUGACUUUUAAUUACUGUUGUAUCGAAGAAAAAAUGUCGAUGAAGAACAGAGGCGGAGAGCAGAUUUCGAGAAGCGUUGUUGUUGUAUCUCACAAAUGGACUCUUUUUCUUUGUGUUGCUAGUUUCUGUGCAGGAUUGUUCUUCACCAAUAGACUAUGGAUCAUGCCCGAAGCAAAAGGCGUAACGAGAACAACUUCAGUCGAAGCUGAGAGAUUGAAACUUGUAUCGGAAGGCUGCGAUCCAAAAUUUGAGAGAGUAAACAGGGUACCGACGGAAAUAUUCGAGGACGUAUCCAAGACUCAACAUGCUAUGCAGACACUGGAUACGACUAUUACGAAUUUGGAGAUGGAGUUAGCUGCAGCCAAGGCAGAGCAAGAAUCGAUUAUAAACGGUUCUCCAACAUCCGAAACCACCGCAAAAAGAAAAUAUUUCAUGGUUAUUGGAGUAAAUACUGCGUUCAGUAGCCGUAAAAGAAGAGAUUCCGUUCGUGCCACGUGGAUGCCACAAGGCGAAAAACGAAGGAAGUUGGAGUUAGAGAAAGGCAUCGUUGCUCGUUUCGUCAUCGGUCAUAGUGCAACUUUAGGAGGUAUACUAGAUAGAGCGAUCGAAGCUGAAGAUAGAAAGCAUGGGGAUCUCUUGAGGCUGGACCAUGUUGAGGGUUAUUUAGAGCUGUCUGCUAAGACGAAGAAGUAUUUUGCUACUGCUGUCUCUUUGUGGGAUGCAGAGUACUAUGUUAAAGUCGACGACGAUGUCCAUGUAAAUAUAGCAACACUUGGAGAAACAUUAGCAAGACACAGAAAAAAGCCUAGGGUGUACAUAGGAUGUAUGAAAUCUGGUCCUGUCCUUUCUCAGAGGGGAGUAAGAUACCACGAACCCGAAUUCUGGAAAUUCGGGGAGACGGGGAACAAGUACUUCCGCCAUGCUACUGGACAAUUAUACGCCAUUUCGAAAGAUUUGGCGUCUUAUAUUUCUGUAAACCAACAUGUACUGCACAAAUUUGCCAACGAGGAUGUGUCUCUCGGAUCUUGGUUUAUUGGACUUGACGUGAAACACAUCGAUGAUCGGAGAUUGUGUUGUGGGACCCCUCCAGAUUGUGAAUGGAAGGCACAAGCCGGAAAUAUAUGCGUUGCUUCGUUCGAUUGGAGCUGUAGUGGGAUUUGCAGAUCAGUUGAUAGGAUAAAGGAGGUUCAUCGAAGAUGUGGUGAAGGCGAAGAUGCUGUUUGGAAAGCCACUUUUUGAGAGUCGCGCGACUACAUCGAUACAUACACCUAUAUAUAUAUAUAUAUGUGAGAGAGAAAGAGAGAGAUCUAGAGAGAGAAAGGAGAGAGGGGCUUUGCUCAACUUCUCCGUAUUAGGAGAGAAGUACGUCUGCAAAUGCAGUCAAGGAAGCAAAACAGCACUCCUCGAGUACAAUAAACCGAAAUUGCGAUUGUAAGAUGUUGCGAUUACAACCCUUUUUUUUCUGUAUUUAGAGUCGAUUUGUAAAGGAACAAUUUCUACAAUCAAUUGUGAUAUAAAAUUGCCGAUUGAGAUCAUUAUAAGCACAAAGGAACUUGGUUUACGAGUAUUAGCAAA